AUGGACGGCCCCCCCUCUAUUGGAGAUAUGCACUAUGCUACAGUAGAUGUACAAGAGAUUCAAAGGUCAGUGAAAGGAUGCACGUUAGAGGUUCAUCCCACGGAGAAGGCCAUCGUUGUGGAAUAUGAGGUGGAGGCGUCCAUAAUGGCCGAGAGUGGAGGUGAUAUCCUGGGCGAACACACGGAGGGACAAAAGAUCCUCUGUGUGCCGGAUCUGUCUCCCUGUACAGAUGUGGGAGCCUUGGCCAAGAAAGUGGUGAAGGGUUGUGAGCUCAUCUCUUCAUCCUAUUUGCCGCAGGUCGAGCAGCUCCUCUACUACCUGCAGAACAGGAAAUCCUCCUCUGUGACGAGCAAAGUGGAGAAGAAGGUGGAAAGGAGUGUGAAACCUCAAGAGUUGUCUUUCUUUGAAGGAGUUGAGUUGAAUGAGGAAGCCACUAUAACCAAAUUGGAUGAAUAUGUGGACUUGCUCUAUGAAGACCUCCAGAAGAAGAUCAGAGGCUCUGCUCUCAUUCUGCAGCUCGCCCGCAAACCUGAGAACCUGCCGGAGCUGCUGCACAACGAGGCAGCUCUGGGAGCUCUGGCCAGAGUACUGGGAGAGGACUGGAAACAGAGUGUGGAGCUGGCCACCAUUAUCAUCUACAUCUUCUUCUGCUUCUCUCGGUUCUCCCACUUUCAUGAAGUGGUGAGAGAUAAUGGAAUAGGUGCGUUGUGUAUGAGUGUGGUGGAACAUGAACUGAAGAGACAUGACAUGUGGUGUAAGGAGCUGCACCAGGAAAACAAAGCGUGCGAAUCGGAACCGGAGAACGGUUCCAUCAGAAGAGACCAAGGCAAAGCUCUGAGGAAAUACCAAGAGUUUCGGGCUAAACAGGAGCAGCUGCUCAAAGUGUCUCUUUACCUCCUGUUUAACCUCGCUGAGGACCCCAGGACAGAGCUGAAAAUGAGGAAAAAGGGUAUUGUUGGUCUGCUGGUGAAAGUUCUUGAUCGAGAUGAUGAGGAGAUGCUGGUGCUGGUGGUUUCAUUCCUGAAAAAACUCUCCAUCUUCUUGGAGAUCAACAACGACAUGGCCAAGGUGGACAUUGUAGAGCGACUGGACCGCCUGGUUCCCUGUGCCAACGAGGAUCUGUUAAACCUGACUCUGCACCUGCUGUUAAAUCUCUGCUGUGACUCUGUGCUCCGAGCCAAGAUGGUGCAGGUCCGACUGCUGCCCAAACUGAUCGGCUUGUUGGGGGAUGAGAAGAACCGUCAGAUACUGAUGCUUAUCCUGUGUCACAUCAGCAUGGACGACUGCUUCAAGGGCAGCUUCGUUGACGCCGGCUGCACACCUCCGCUCCUGCAGAUGCUGUUUGACUGUGCUGAGGAGAAGGUUGAAGCCGACCUGAUCGCCAUCUGCAUCAACCUGGCUGUGAACAAGAGGAACGCGCAACUCAUGUGUGAAGGGGAUCGGCUGAAGAUGCUGAUGAAGAGAGCUCUGAAUACCAAAGACUGUCAACUGAUGAAGAUGAUCCGAAACAUCUCAAAACACGAUGGACCAACCAAACCACUGUUCAUCGACUACGUGUGUGACCUGGCGGCACAGAUCCACGCCGAUGAAGAGGAGGAGUGGGUGUGUGACUGCCUGGGGACGCUGUCCAACCUCACCCUCCCAGACCUGGACUGGGAGUUGAUGCUGAAAGAGUACAACCUGCUGCCUUACCUCCAGGACAGACUCCUACCAGGCCUAGCGCAGGAUGACUUCGUCCUGGACGUGGUGAUUAUGAUUGGAACAGUUUCCAUGAAUGAUGCCUGUGCCGCCAUGUUGGUUAAAUCCGGCGUCAUCCCUGCUCUCAUCGAGCUGCUGACCGUGCAACAGGCGGACGACAAGUUUGUGUUUCAGAUUGUCAACAUCUUCAGCCGGAUGGUUUUUCACCAGGACACACGAGACUUCAUCAUCAAGGACACGCAGGUUCCGGCCUACCUGAUAGACAUGAUGCUGGACAAGAAUGUCGAGAUCGGAACCCUGUGUGAAAACACCCUCAACGUUAUUGCUGAUUACGAUGUGGAGUGGAGGAGGAAGUUCCUCACAGAGAAGUUCUGUUUCCAGAACAGCCAGUGGUUGGCGAUGUUCUAG